AUGACUGCGAGCAACGUCAAUAUUGCCCCACUUUCUUCACUUCCAGUUGAGUUAAUAUUUCGUAUUUUAAGCUUUGCCGAUAAUAAAACUAUCAUUUUUUCCUUUGGAAAUGUUUGUAAACGAUUUCGGUCGAUUAUUAAUUCAUACAAUCAAUAUGACAUUGACUUUCGAUCAGUAUCGAAACCAUAUUUUGAUGCGAUAUGCCAUUUUAUUACACCAGAAAAUAUUAUUUCCCUAACGCUUUCGAAUAGUAACCGAACAACAAAUCAAAUCUCGUUAUUUCUUUCAUUGGUUCCAUUUGAAAAAUGUAUUCGUUUACGCUCAUUAACUCUCGUUGAUAUCGAUGAAAAUGAUUUUCAUACUAUAUUUCAACUGAAGAAUAUGAUUGUAUCAUUAUCAUUUACUUUUCGAAAGAAAAAUAGUAUUCAAAAUCCGAAAACAUUACCAUUAAUCUAUACGAUCAUAUCCAAUGAGAAUCUUCAACAUCUUGAUUUCGGUUUAUCAUGGAAUAGAAUGGAAGCUUUACCAUGGCCCAAUCAAUGUCGACUAGAAUCUUUAAUACUUUCUAGUCGUAUAUCGUUUAAAAAAUUUUCCAGCAUACUCUCUCAUUGUUCUAAGCUAAAAAGACUUCUAUUACAAGAUUGUGUUAUGGAAGAUUUGACUGAAAUCGAUCGUUCGACCACUUAUCCGCAAUUAACUUCAUUGGCAUUUGAUGAUAGUGAAUUACAUAUGGAUGAAUUUGAAUUGCUAUUAUCGUUGACACCUUCAUUGCAGCAUCUUCAUAUAGUCGGAGAAACCGAUCUUUUUGAUGGUGCUUGUUGGGAAAAAUUCAUUCAGAAGCAUUUAAAAAAUUUAAAUCGAUUCGAAUUUGCUUUUUGUGGUAAUACCGAUUAUGAAUUUAACAAUCCAACUGAUGUUGAAUCAUUGAUUACUUCCUAUCGAACGCCAUUCUGGAUUGAGAACAAACAUUGGUUUGUUAUUUGUUAUUAUUUUAAAAAAUCAGCUAUUUAUAGUCUUUAUUCGUUACCUAUUUGUAAAACAAAGGUGAGAUUUUAUCCUCAUGAAGAUAAAAUCACAUGUUCGACUCAUUCGACGUUGUAUAAUGAUGCUUCAAUGACAGAUAAUGUUCAUGAAAUGCAAUUAAAUUUGACCGAUUUAAUGGCGCAUUAUGAUCGAAAUGCAAAGAAUGCGUUACCAAGUUCUCCUUUCUUUCGUAAAAUGAACAAACUCUUGCUUCUUACUGGUAAUGAAUGGCCAGAUGGUUCAAGUGAAUAUCUCUCGGCGUUUAUUGAUUUAUCAUGUAUCGUUGAAUUAUCGGUCAGCGUAGAUUUUGAUCCAAACGAUAUUUCAAAUACACUUACUAAUAUUACGAAUUUACUUAAAGGAACAUCGAACUUACAAUCCUUGACGAUCGAUAGUUCGUCGACCAACGCUGAAAACAUUUGUUUAUUAGUACCUAACCAUAUUAAACAUUUACAAGUAGCCAUUCAAAGUAUUGAUGAAAUGAAGUUAAUCGUUGAACGACUAAAACAAUUAUCGAGUAUUACAUUUAACAUGUUACUUGAUAUCAACUCUUUUUUACCAGAUUUUUUGACUUGGUUAAUGGAGAAAAGAAAUCAAUCGACAUAUCGAAAUGACACUGGCUAUUUUAGUAUUUGGUUUAACAAAAAUACUGCUCAGAUACCAUAA